AUGGAGCCUUGGUUCAAGUUGUCGCUUUUAUUGGCGUCAAUUGCCGCUACUCUCAUUAUACUGAGCACUGUGGUGCUGUAUAAGUCUUCUCGCCCUAAGAGCCUUCGUCCACGUCAUGUCAAUAUCGAAGAGAACAACAUAGUCAGCAAUAAUCUUCCAGACAGCCCUCCGUUCAAUUCCUGGGUCAACUCCUGGAGUUGGCUGCGCCGCUACAACACCAAGGGAUACGAGCCUGUCCCUGUAUCAGAAUCAGAUGCAAAUCCUGUCAGUCCCAUUCCUCCAACAGAUAUUCACGAACCGCCGGCAAAAGACCCCCCAAUUGCACGUCUUGAAUACAAUAUUUUGAAUGUGGAUUUAGAGCGUGGUGUCCCCAAGGCUCUUCAUCCAGAAUUUGACAGGACAACAGAUAAAAGACGAUCCAGAGGCAAGGCUCGAUUCAUCAAUCGUGAGAACGGCAAAAACGAGCGCACACCCCUCCUAUCACGUUCGCGCAGCGUGAGCCCAUAUAAGCCUACAUUUCCUCCUGGUCGCGGCGGCUCCAUGCCUAUAGAUAUUCCGAAGAAAAAGACAGAGCGGCCUACCUUCCCACUGCCCCCAAAGCUCAUAUGGAAAACGCUCACGCCAUAUGAAAGGGCUGGCAUGGUCUGGUGGCGCAAUUAA